GUGACUAAGACUGUGCUGUCAUUGAUAUUGGGAAUUGGUAUCAAUUUAUCAGCCAUCCAAACAAAAAUGACAGUGCUACUGCAAAACAGCUAAUUUGUGACGAAAUUAAAUAUAUUUUAUUUGUAUGAAUUGAUUAAAAAAGGAUAAUAAAAAUGGAGGCGGUUCCUAAAUUACCGUUAAUCAGUUUCGAACUGAAAGUAAGCCCUGAAACUACGCAUUUUGGUCCUAAACUAAAACAGUAUAUAGCAGAGGUAUAUAGAGAAGAUCCCGAUAGUUACGGAAAUGAAAUUCAUCAACUAGAAAGUCUUCGAUCCACUGCCGUCAGACCUACUAUCGAUUCACCAGGACUAAGUGCUCUAAUUAGAUAUUUUUGCCAGCUCCGAGCUAUGCAAAGUCGUUUUCCAAUGGCGAAAGGUCAACCCGCAGCUUGCACUUUUGCAUGGAAGGAUCUAUAUGCCAAUAUGACUUGUUCACUCAGUGGUGUAAAGUUUGAAAUGGCUUGUAUAUUGUACAAUAUUGGAGCUAUGCAUACCCAGCUUGGAUCAUCAGAGCCUCGAACUACAGGAGAUAGUCUUAAGUCUGCUUGCCAACACUAUCAGUAUGCAGCCUGGGCAUUCCAACACUUGAGGGAACAAUACCCACAACCUCCGGGCGCUGAUAUCUCAUCAGAUAUCUUGAAGUUUCUCCAAGAGAUAUGCUUUGCCCAGGCCCAAGAAUGCAUUCUAGAUAAGAGCAUCCAAGACACAAGAAAGUCAAAUGUUGUUGGUGCUGUUGCAACACAAGUGUUGUACUUCUAUAAAAAUUCUCUUGCAUUGCUGGGACAAUCAACCGGAACUGACAACAUUCAUGAAAUAAUUGGCACUAAAUUGUACAACUACUGGCAUCGCUACUUGUCAUUCAAAAGUUUUUAUAUUGGCUGUAUUGUUUGUCUGUACCAAGGUAUUCAUGCUGAAGAACAGCAGAAAAUGGGUGAAAGGGUCGCUUUCUACCAACAAGCUGUAGACAAAUUAGCUGAAGCACGAAAACUUGCUAAGUACAUUGAGCCAGUACAAGUAACACAGGAAGCUCUGACAUUCACUAAUGAUGUCGUGGAGGGAAAACGGAAGGCAGCUAAGAAUGAGAAUGAAUUUAUUUAUCAUGAAGAGGUUCCGGAAAAAGAUAUGUUGUCAGAUCUCAAGCCUGUGUGCUUGGUUAAUGCUGUGCCAAUUAAUUUUAAUGAUCCUGAGGUCGCUGGACAAGAUAUAUUUUCGCGUUUGGUCCCAAUGGGGGCUCAUGAGGCUUCCUCUAUGUACUCUGAAGAGAAGGCGAAGCUACUGCGCCAUGUUGUAGCUCAGACUGACACCAAGAACACGGAAUUGACCGAGUUCAUGUCUUCACUUCAGUUGGACCAGUUGGAUGUGGUUGAUUCGGAUCAAAAAAUUCCGCAAGAAAUAGUCGAUAGGUGUGCCGCAAUGAAUGCAAAAACAGAAAUAAUUCAACAGCUGGUGGACUCCAUGAACAGUCUGGCUGAAAUUAUAAGUGAUGUGGAGCAUUCCCUUAAUGAAAUCAAGACACUCAUACAGGAUGAAACACUUAAAGAGAAAGAAUACCAAAAGCAAAUGGGUCCUCGUCCACCUUCAAUAGUCCAGACGGAGAUAUCCCGGGAGUACCACAAGUAUCAAGAGGCUCACACACGUACCAACGAAAGCAACCAGGUGCUACACAAGGCUAUGACGCUUCACAUCGCCAACCUGAGGCUUCUGUCCCAACCGCUGGAUGUCCUGCAGAGCAAGAUACCCAGCAUUGAUAAUAUAGAGGGUCUUGAUCGCGAAACGAUGUCGGAGAUGCGUCGUGUGGUGUCCAAGGCUCGUGAGAUGCAGACUCAGCGUGACUCUCUGCUGCAACAGCUGCGGACGGCGCUGGCUGACGAUGACGUCACGGCACAGCUGCUAGCCAGCCAGGACCCGCCCGACGAGAUCUUCAAGAGAGAAAUAGACAAACACACACCGACUGUCAAAAUAAUCGAACAAAACCUGGCAGCCCAAGAAAAUAUAAUCAAUAAGCUGACGUCACUGUACGCCUCAUACGGUGACUCCAGACGUCUGCUGUCCGACGUUUUAAGAAAACGCGAGGGUCUUAUCAACGCGCUGGUCACUUCCUAUGAUACGCACGCGGAGCUGUUAGGCAAAUCUCAGAAAGGUUUAGAGUUCUACCGCAAGUUGGCACACAACGUGUCCGGUCUCCUCGCUCGCCUCAAGUCCGUGUGUCAGGUUCAGAGGGAGGAACGAGCACAGCUGGUAGCCGCACAUAGUCCAUCAACGCCAGUCACAUCGGCCUCAGUUAAGAACAUCGACACCCCCCCGAUUCCAAGCAGUGGUGGAACUCUUAAGCUUAAGGAUUACCUUCCGUACAUGAAGAAUAGAGGUCUUGCGAGAAAUGCGAUUCCUCAACCAGCUCAAAUGGAACCCUUGUCUAAUGAAUCUUACUAUCCCGAAACGAUAUAUCCAACUUCGAUUCGGCCGACACCCGUUGGAUCUGAAGAUAUUCAUGUUUCCGUAGCGACAGAAGUGCCUCAACCUAAUUUACCAGAUGGAGUGGUUAUGCCUCAAUCGAUGCAAAAUAUGCAGAAUCCAUACGCAAGAUAUAGUACUCCAUACGCUCCACAGGAAAACGAACCUUAUGCGGCACCGACUAGCUAUCAAUAUUCGAUGAACAAAUUUAGCAAACCCGAGGAAAACUACAGUUAUACCUCGUAUACUCCAUCUCAGUACUCAUCUCAGAUUCCUGAUCAGACCUACACAAACCCCUAUUACUCCGCAACGAACAAUAAUGCUACUCUGGUUACGGAUUCACAAAAUCCGAAUAUGUUCAAUCUGGGAAACAUGAACCAAAACCCUAACCAAUGCGGCUACACCGAUCCCAACACCGGCCAGGUUUAUGGCCAAAUGCCAUCAACGCCAGAUGCAUCCAUGCAAUACAAUCAAACGGAUUUUAACGCAGGGUUUGCUCAAAUGCAGAUAUCCGGACAGAAAGUGGAACAGCCGAUAAGUUACGGCGGUGAAUAUUCGAAAACACACUACAGUGUUCAGUAUCCUCAAUCGUUCACUUCUAAUAUGCCGACGUACAGCCACGCCGGACAGAAUUCUAAUACUAGUAUUGUACAAUCUCAACUACCCGCUGAUGGCAACGUGAACUAUACGUAUGAUCCGAUGACACAUUAUGGACAAGCGAUGUCCAAUAUGCCCAACACUUCUCAAACUCCAAAUAUUCCAUCAGCUGCAGCUAGUCCUGCCCCAAAUCAAAAUUUCGGUCCAGCAACAAGUAUGCAAAAUUUCGCAAAUCCUGUCCAAAAUGGGGCAAACCCCAUGCAAAAUCUUGGCAACUCGGUUCAAAAUGUCAGUAAUCCCAUGCAAAGCGUAUCAAACGUGUUACCAAAUAUGGGUACUCCGAUUCAUAAUCCCGUAAAUGCUAUGCAAAAUAUGAACAAUCCUAUGCAAAGUGUAGCAAAUACUGUUCAAAAUUUCGGUGCAUCGGGCCAAAAUAUUGCCAAUUCCACGCCAAGUGCUGGUAAUGCCAUCCAAAACGUUAAUAAUCCAAUGCAGAAUAUUACUAGCUCUAUGCAAAACAACGUAAAUCCUCUGCAAAAUGUCCCCUACCAAACACAAAACUUCGCAAAUUCUAUGCAAAAUUUUAAUAAUCCGAUGCAACACAUUCCUAAUUCCAUGCAAAAUGUCCCGAGUUCUAUUCCGAACUCUUCUGCCGUCAUGACGUCCGUGUCAGCCUUCAAUCCAGAAACUCCAUACGGCUAUUCGAGUGCCUAUGAGACUAUAUCGCAGGGCUAUGUUUACACAAAUGCAGGAAGCCCCAUGACCUCUACCACAAACGUGACAGCUUUCUCUAUCGGACAAACUUACAGUAAUCCAACGGAUUCUGUAUCAUAUAUCGAUCCAAAUUUGUCACAAAUUGACGCAAUGGACAAGCCUAUCAAGUCGCAUGUUACCGGUCAGGCGAUAACGUCCACAAUACCGAGUUAUCAAAACUACAACCCUGCGGUAAACUACGUAUUAGAUCAAACUUAUCGAGCACCUACUCAGUACACGGAUUCAAUGAAUACCAGUCAUGGACCGAACUAUCAAAACCACCCCGGCUACGUUUAUAACUCCGCAACAGGCAAUUACGAGUAUAAUUACGGUUCACAAAACUCGUUCACAAACUACGGCCAGAGCACUGCAGACCCUCAGGAACAUACCAAGGAAUCAAAUUGGAAUGUUCCUGGAGUUUAUACUAGCGCUGGAGUUUGUCAAACCGUUCAAUCUCCUUCGGAAAACCCGCAAGAUGUUCCUCCGCAAGCCGGCAAUACACAAAAUUAUUACAAUCCGCCGUACGGAUAUCUCACUACGACCAACCAAGCGAACGAAUUCGUAAGUCAACCGGUAACUCAAUCGUAUGCUUCGGAGAUAACAACGAACUAUGGCGCUAAUAUGAACAAUUCUACGUAUAUUCAGUCAGGACAGCCGCAGUACACGAGCGUUUCGUAUGCCAACAAUCAAGUGUCAACUGCGAAGGAAAAUGUGACUGAGCAUUCGAAUAAUCCGACACCCGUCGAGCAUACAAAUCAGCAAACCCCAGUCGAGAGUACUCCCAAAGAGGUCGAUGAACCGAAACCCAGUAGUGUUAAAGUAGAAGAACUAAAGACCGAACCGACAUCCUUUGAUCUCCUCUCGGGACUUGACUUUUCUGUUGAGCAAACGCCUUUAAAACCCGAAAUAAAAGUGCCCCAAAUAUCAGAGAAAGCUAUCUUUAAGCCUAGCAUAGUUCCAAAACAAAAACCAGUCGAUAUAGCAGUGCCCAAAGAAGAAAUUAUUGAUAGACCUCCAAAAAGGGACCUGUUUUCGGAUCCCAUUUUCUUAAAUCAAUUUACACAGGAAGUGAAAAAUCUCCAGAAACUCACUGACACUUUCACUAAUAAAACGUCUAACGGGCUGACAGUUUUAGACGCCAAAUGGAAGCACUUGCAGGAAAUUCAGUCAAAGGAAAAUGCUCGCCGUUCAAAAUCGGUCGCAUCCCGGUACUGUCCCAGCACUUCGACCUCUGUGGUCCCUUACGACGACUCGAGGCUCACUCUUAAAUCUGACUCCGAUGCGUAUAUCAACGCUACAUACUAUAAGCAACUGGCUUCAUGGUGUAUUCCCCUCGUGAUAUCGAAAUGUCCCAAAGAGAAUGAGCACACAACGUUCUGGAAAGCCAUGCUCGAAAAUAAGAUCAGCUGUAUUGUGUGUCUUCUGAGUGAAAUCGAGAUGCAAGGAAAUGCUUAUUGGCCGACAGCUAAAGGGCAAUCGAUAGACUUAGCCGACGGGCUCAAGGUUACCCUGGAAGACGUCAUCUGUAAUGUCCAUUGGAGCGAGCGACAUCUCACGGUAUCCUCAGGGAAGAAUGUCUCCAGAGUCAAGCACUACCAAAUAAACGUAUAUCCUGCCAAGAUAGUGUGUACUCCGCUGGUCCUGCUGGCGGACCGCGUGCUGAGCGAGUCGUACACGGGGCGGGAGAGUGACCAGCUGCGCGGGGCGUGCGUGCUGGACGCGGCGGGCGCCGGCCGGUGUAGUGUGCUGGCCUUACUCGUGAUGGUCAUGUGUCAGCUGAGGGCCGGCCAUGUGCAGCUCUGCGACAUGUUGGAGGAGGGAUGCGCCAAACUCUACGAGAAUCGUACAAACGUUCUAGAAGACACCAAAUAUUUGGCGGACGCGUACAGGACGGUGCUGUUUUACGUCCAAGGAGUUCUGUGUUCAGGGACAACAAUGUUCAACGGGGAGGCGGUAACCACAACGACCGGAGCGUCAUUCCUUCCCCCCGUGCCAGCUGUUCCUCCCUCCCCCUCCCCUUCUACCGCCUCCCUCACCUCCGCCAAGACCAAGUUCUCGAGGGAAUCUUUCGAGGAAAUGAAGCAACUACCGGGCCUCAAGAGCGGUGAUAUGAAAGACCCUCUGAAUUUUCUUGAUCCACUGUGGAGUCUGAAGAAGAAAUAGCAUGGGCAGCUGCUUUGAUCAGCCAUAAUCAAAGUUGGGCUUAUAGAAAUGUAAAUUAUUGUUAUAAAAGACUCGGUCGCCGGGCUCGU